AUGGGUUUUUCAGCAGCUGUAUCAACUCAUCGAAUAUGUCAAGCGUUUAGGGAUAGUGCUGUAAGUGAACAAACAGCAAGACACUGGUUCCAAAAAUUCAGUCCUGGAGCUUUGUCUCUUUGUCAUGAUUCUCAUAUUGGACGACCACCAACCUUGGAAAAUGAAGUACUGGAUUCUGUCAUCAACGAGGACAGUAGCCUAACAUGUGGUGAACUUGCAAGACAAUUUCAAGAUUCUGAUAAAACAAUAAUACUUCAUCUGCAUCGCUUAGGUAAAUCCUACAUGCGAAGUAAUCAGUUUUCGCACGAGCCGUUAGAAAUUCACAAGAACUAA